AUGAAUCCUGCUAAAGAGUUAUUGAAUACGUCGUUGCUUCUCUCCCUACUCGUUUUCCGAUUUUGCAUUUCCCUUGACACCAUUUCCCCGAACCAGCCCCUUAAAGACGGUGACAUCCUGGUUUCCAAAGGAGAAACUUUUGCACUUGGGUUUUUCAGCCCCGGAAACUCUAGCCGCCGCUACAUCGGAAUAUGGUAUCACAAUCACAAAGUUCCUCAACAAACCGUCGUGUGGGUAGCAAACAGAGACAGCCCUCUCAGUGACACCUCCGGAGUCCUCUCCAUCAACGGCCAUGGAAACCUCGUCCUUAAGAGCAAAAACCGAAGCACCCCUAUCUGGUCUACAAACGCUUCAGUCUCAUCCACAAACAAUUCUAUGGCUCAGCUCUUGGAUUCUGGAAAUCUUGUUUUGGUUCUACCAGACAACCAAAGGGUCACGUGGCAGAGCUUCGACUAUCCCACCAAUACUCUGCUUGCAUCCAUGAAACUCGGCCUAGACAGGCGAACAGGGUUGAACCGUUCUCUAACAUCUUGGAAGUCCGAAGAUGACCCGGGAACCGGUACCUGCUCAUAUGGGAUUAACCCAAAUGGGUACCCACAAUUGUUCUUGUACAAGGGUGGAACUCCCUUGUGGCGGGGCGGAUCUUGGACCGGCCGAAGAUGGAGCGGUGCACCCAACACGCUACCUAAUUUAACCAAUCUUAGUUUUGUGGACAAUCAAGAUGAGGUCACUGCCAUGUACGGCGCCACUGAUCCCACAGUUUUCACAAGAGUUGUGUUGGAUGAAUCAGGAACCCUUCACCGGCUCACAUGGAACGGUAAUAAAUGGGUCGAAUUUUGGUCCUUCCCGGGAGAAUGUGAUACGUACAGAGAGUGCGGUCCAAGUAGUAACUGCAAUCCAUAUGAACCCGACAAUUUCCGGUGCACAUGCUUACCCGGACUCGAACCCAACUCAACCCGUGAUUGGAACAUGAGAGUUGGGUCGGGCGGGUGCUCGAGGAAGCAAGGAGCAUCCAUGUGCCGAAACGGUGAAGGGUUUGUGAAGCUGGUACGUGUGAAGGUGCCAGAUACUUCUGUGGCACGUGUGGACAUGAGUUUGAGUUUGAAGGAAUGUGAGCAAGAGUGCUUGAGGAACUGUUCUUGUACGGCAUACAGCAGUGCAGAUGAGACAAGGGGAGGGAUUGGGUGCUUGUCAUGGCACGGGGACUUGGUGGACAUCAGAACAUUUGCCAAUGCAGGACAAGAUUUGUAUAUACGUGUGGACGCAGUUGUACUAGGUAUUCUUCUUUACUAUGUUUUUUUAUUUGGAAGAUGUUAUUUUAGAAAACAGUUAUGUGCAAUUACCUUCUCAGAUUUAUGA